AUGGAGGAUACACAUGAGAGUGACAACCAGUAUGUUUUUUCUAAUAAUAUUCUUCGUCAUUUAUCUUACAUUAGUGGCCCCCUGGAUGGCAUUGAAAAGCUUGAGGCCUCAAAUAACAUCAAAGGUUUACGAACUUUCCUGUUAUUGAUGAUGCAAGGGAAGGAAUCCUUUUACUUGCCCCGUGAACAAAAAGCUUUUAUUCACCCUAAGCUUGCGUUUCACGUAAAGAAAAAUCACGAUUCCUCUUGCAUAGAGGAAGCUGUUAUUCAUCCUAAGUUGUGGAAGUUACACUGUUUAAGGGUUUUAUCUUUGCACAUAUUUUGCAUUCGGGAGCUGCCAAAUCAAAUUGGAGAUUUGAAGCAUCUACGUUACCUUGACCUUUCCUACACUUGUAUUGAAAGUUUGCCUGAAUCAGUGAGUACUCUUUACAAUUUACAAGCACUUGUACUAGAGGGCUGUGCUCGUCUAAGAAAAUUAUGUGCAGACAUAGGCAAUCUAAUCAAUCUACAUCAUGUCAAUAUUUUCAAAGUAGAUUCAUUGGAGCAAAUGCCUUUAAGGAUCAGUAAAUUAACUGGUCUCCAAACACUGUCUAAGUUUGUUGUGGGGAAAGGUGUUGGCUCUGGAAUAGCAGAGUUGAAGUCCUUAACUCACCUAAGGGAGAGGCUUCACAUUUCCAGGUUGGAGAAUGUUCAUGAUGCUAAUGAUGUUGAGGAGGCUGACUUAAAUGGUGAGGAGAACCUCAAUGAGCUAGUUUUGGAAUGGAAGUGCAGUGGUGUAAUUUCAAAGCCAGGGGAAACUCAAAUGCAGGUACUUGGCAUGCUACGACCUCAUCAAAAUAUGAAAAAACUCAUUAUCAGAGGCUAUGAUGGUAUAAAAUUUCCAACUUGGUUAGGAGAUUUCUCAUUCUCAAAACUAGAGUGUUUAAAAUUCCAAUAUUGCCGCAAGUGUAUUUCCCUGCCAUCAGUAGGGCAACUGCGCUCCCUCAAGGACCUUGUUUUCAAGGGAAUGAAUGGAGUAAAAUGCGUGGGUUUAGACUUCUAUGGAAAUGGUUUCUCAGCCCCUUUUCCAUCACUUGAAAUUCUCCAUUUUCUUGACAUGAAAGAAUGGGAAGAAUGGGUUCCUCAUAGACCUAGUGAAGAAGUUGAAUGCUUUCCUCAGUUGCGAGAGCUUCGUAUUAUACGGUGUCCAAACUUGCGAGGAAGAUUGCCGAAAUGUCUUCAUUUAUUGAAUAAGCUUGUCAUUGAAAAAUGUAAGAAAUUCUCGGUUUCAGUUCCAAGUUUUCCAGCACUUCGUGAAUUAAAAAUUGGUGGAUGCAAAGUGGUGGAGUGGAGUACAGUGGACCUCAGAUCAUUGAAGUCGGUGGUACUUUCCAGAGUGUCAAAUCGCGUGUCUCUGGCAGAGGGUUUUAUGCAAGGGAUGCCAAAUUUAGAAGAACUGACAAUUUCUGGUUGUAGGCAGCUAACAUCUUUCUGUGAGACAGAAAUGGGAUUACACCAAGAUAUUAGCUCUCUCCAUCCCCCACUGUUUUCGUUGAUGACAGAGGAAGAAGAAGAGCAAGGACAGAAAGGGUUGCCCUGCAGACUCCAAUAUCUGGAAUUGGGGAAUUGUGAAUGCCUUGACAAGCUACCACAAGCAUUGCACAAUCUCAGUUCCCUUAGAGAGUUAUAUCUAAGGAACUGCACAAAUCUUUUUUCUUUUGCAGGAAUUGGCGUUCCUUCCCAGCUGAAAUCCUUCAGAAUUGAGAAUUGCAAAGCUCUGGAAUCUUUUCCCGAGGCAUUGAUAUCCAGCAGCAACAUAUCUCUUGAAACAAUUGUCAUUGAGAAGUGUUUAAAUCUUAAAUCUUUACCUGAUGACAUGAACAGGCUGACCAGUCUUCAAAAGGUUAUAUUACAGAAUUGUUCAAGCAUUGUCCGGUUUCCAGAAGGAGGUUUGCCUUCCACGAAACUGACAGAGCUCCGGAUUAACGGCUGUGAGAAACUGAUGGCCUUACCGAAUAACAUGCACAACCUCUCCUGUCUUCAAGAAUUGAGAAUAGAAAGAUGUCCAGGCAUUGUAUCCUUCCCUCAGGAUGGAUUUCCCACCAACCUUGCGUUCUUAAUGAUGAAAGAUGUCAACAUCUGCAAGCCUUUGUUCGAUUGGGGGCUACACAAACUCAACUCUCUUAGAAUACUGUACAUUAGAGGGGGGUGUGAUGACGUGGAAUCCUUUCCACAGGAGGAAAUGGAAAUGACACUUCCUACCUCUCUAACCACCAUACAGAUUUGA